AUGGAAGAAUACGUGCAGGUUCUUUUCUUGCAAUUAUGGGGCCCUCAGGAUCUGGAAAAAAUCCUCACGGGGAGAGUCAAGGCAUCGACGGGUUCCAUUUAUAUCAACGGUGUUCUAGCGCAGACAGAUGACUUGAAAACCCUCGUUGGAUAUGUCCCGCAGAAAGAUGUUGUCCUUCCUGAAUUAACCGUCCGCGAAAACAUUAUCCAUUCUGCUCGCGUUCGACUUGGAAGAAGGUUAAAUGGCCAGGAGAUCCAAAAGUUUGUUGAUACUUUGAUCCAUUCCUUAGGGCUUUACAAAGUCCGCGAUUGCUACGUAGGCGUAGCCAAUCGAGGUUUAUCUGGUGGUGAGCGCAAACGUGUCAACAUCGCCCUUGAGCUAGCUGCAACACCCCAGGUGCUACUACUCGACGAGCCCACAUCUGGACUUGAUGCACGGGCAGCACUUUCUCUUAUAGAACUUCUCAAGUCCUUGUCUGAACAAGGAAUCACAAUCUGCUGUGUUGUUCAUCAACCAAGAACGGAGAUAUUUUUGGCUCUGGAUUAUUUGCUUCUUCUAAGCGGUGGAAGACAAGUCUACUUCGGCCAAGCAGGAGACGUCAUUCCUUACCUAGAAAGACUUGGGCACAUAUUUUCUGACAAUUUCAACCCUGCUGAUAAGAUUCUAGACGUUAUAACCGGGCUUGAAAAUUCUUCUUGCCAAGAAGAUGAUGUUUUAUUGGAAGAGGAUCAAGGUAGUCAGAAGCUCACAACGCUGCUUUACUCUGUUCGGAGCCAAAGGGCGCCCUGGUAUGUUCAGGUUUACCUAAAGUUUCUACGAGGAACCAAACAACAAAGCAGACAAGUUGCUAGCUUUUCUCUUGAAAUAGCAUCAGGUGCAAUCACUGGUCUCCUUAUCGGGCUAUCAAACUAUGAGUUCAAAGGCCAUUUAUUUCAGGGGCUUUUCAAACAACCCUUUGAAGCACUUUCAAGUGCUGUUUCCUAUCGGCUCCUGACAGAGCAGGGAAUGCUGAAUUGUCUAGCUAUUGGUACAAAAGCGCUGUCAUGA